CUGCUUCUAACACAUUGUCAAGUCACUAGUAACCUGAUGCUGCCUCAUAAUGCCUGUAUCAUUCGCUGCACUUCAUCUCAUCACACAGCCAUUUUAGCCUCUCCCUUCACCACAAGAAGAUGAGGCACAUUCUCCACCGAGGAAAAAGACGUUUGAUGUUUAGCUUGGUCCUCCUGGGACUCUCAUUACUCUUUAAACCCAGAGUCUUCCUCAAGCCCCAUACCUCCAGACUUCCUCCAGCCUGGCCACAUGCUCCCCAUGAUUCAAUCUUCUGCCUCACUGGCUUUCUUCAUGUUCCGCAGAUCCACCUAAUUAUUCUACCCUUUGCUAUUUGUGCCUGUUCUACUGGAGUAUUUCUUUCUGCUUGGAACAAACCUUAGUUUGGUUGGCUUCUACUUGAAUGCAGCGAUCAUGUAAAUUAGAGAAAGGAGAUAAAAAUAACUUCUGAACUAUUCUUCUCAUGUGAUGUUUAUUCUGGAUGAAGCACUAAGAUCGCUCAUAGAGGUGUAUCACUGUAAUUUGCUGCCAGAAGUGUUUUCUUCCAAAAGGCAAUAACUUCAAGCUCUUCUGGCGGAUACAGAGUUUUGCUGCAAGGAAAUUACAGCUGGCGAUGGACUGUCAUUCUUUUGACUUCUAGAUUCCUGGCCAAGAGCUGUUUCCUAAGAAGCGCUGCUUCCUAAGAAGCCUGGGUGGCCACCGUGCCCCACGUAGGCAGAGCCCGGGGGCCCUGGGCACAGUGCACUGAGUUUGCUGGCAGCCGGCCCACCUGAAGGUCAGGAACAGCGUCCUGGGACUGCACAACAAUGGUAGAAAGAUGGCUCUGUUGAGAUGAGCUCUUAAUUAAUGCACUGAGAGCUUAGGAGUCCCACCUCUCAACAGGAAUGAUUGACGUCCAAGGAUACAUAAAUUACACUAAUUGAGCUCCGUCUCUAUACAGGCUUUCCACAGCCAACUCAUCAGAGAAGCUAGGUUUAUAAGACCAGCACCGUCUUUCUUAGCAACUCUAAUGAGCAAUCUGAUACAAAAUUGAAGGAAGAUACACCAUUUUGAGUCCCUGCUCUUCUAAGACAAACUGAUUUAGAAGUUUGGUGCAAUCAAGACAACUAAACGCCGCUUUAAAGAAGAAGAGAAGAGAGGCCAAUGCAAGUUGACCCGUGAGUGUAAUCUGUGCCGACCAGGACUGAUGUGCACCCAGAAGGAAUGAAGUAUGGAUGUGAAAGAACGUAGGCCUUACUGCUCGCUGACCAAGAGCAGACGAGAAAAAGAACGGCGUUAUACAAAUUCCUCAGCAGACAAUGAGGAGUGUAGGGUCCCCACGCAGAAGUCAUACAGUUCCAGUGAAACCUUGAAAGCUUUUGAUCAUGAUUCUUCACGGCUGCUUUAUGGAAACAGAGUAAAGGAUUUGGUUCACAGAGAAGCAGACGAAUACAGCAGACAAGGACAGAAUUUUACCCUAAGGCAGUUAGGAGUUUGUGAACCAGCAACUCGAAGAGGACUUGUGUUUUGUGCGGAAAUGGGGCUCCCCCACAGAGGUUACUCUAUCAGUGCAGGGUCAGAUGCUGAUACUGAAAAUGAAGCAGUGAUGUCCCCAGAGCAUGCCAUGAGACUUUGGGGCAGGGGGGUCAAAUCAGGCCGCAGCUCCUGCCUGUCAAGCCGGUCCAACUCAGCCCUCACCCUGACAGAUACGGAGCACGAAAACAAGUCAGACAGUGAGAAUGAGCAACCUGCAAACAACCAAGGCCAGCCCACCCUUCCGCCUCUGCCACCACCUCAUAAGCAGCACCCCGCACAGCACCAUCCGUCCAUCACUUCUCUCAACAGAAACUCCCUGACCAAUAGAAGGAACCAGAGUCCGGCCCCGCCGGCUGCUUUGCCCGCCGAGCUGCAAACCACACCCGAGUCCGUCCAGCUGCAGGACAGCUGGGUCCUUGGCAGUAAUGUACCACUGGAAAGCAGGCAUUUCCUAUUCAAAACAGGAACAGGGACAACGCCACUGUUCAGCACUGCAACCCCAGGAUACACAAUGGCAUCUGGCUCUGUUUAUUCGCCGCCUACUCGGCCACUACCUAGAAACACCCUGUCAAGAAGUGCUUUUAAAUUCAAGAAGUCUUCAAAGUACUGUAGCUGGAAAUGCACCGCCCUGUGUGCUGUAGGGGUCUCCGUGCUCCUGGCAAUCCUCCUAUCGUAUUUUAUAGCGAUGCAUCUCUUUGGCCUCAACUGGCAGCUGCAGCAGCCCGAAAACGACACAUUUGAGAACGGAAAAGUGAAUUCUGAGGCGGCGCCGACAAACACUGUGUCAUUACCUUCUGGCGACAAUGGAAAAUUAGGUGGAUUUACACAAGAAAAUAACACCAUAGAUUCUGGAGAACUUGAUAUUGGCCGAAGGGCAAUUCAAGAGGUUCCUCCUGGGAUUUUCUGGAGAUCGCAGCUCUUUAUUGAUCAGCCACAGUUUCUGAAAUUCAAUAUCUCUCUUCAGAAGGAUGCAUUGAUUGGAGUAUAUGGCCGAAAAGGCUUACCACCUUCCCAUACUCAGUAUGACUUUGUUGAGCUCCUGGACGGCAGCAGACUGAUUGCAAGAGAGCAGCGGAACCUGCUUGAGCCCGAAAGAGCAGGGAGACAGGCGAGAUCCGUCAGUCUGCACGAGGCUGGCUUUAUCCAGUACUUGGAUUCUGGAAUCUGGCAUCUGGCUUUUUACAAUGAUGGGAAAAAUACGGAGCAGGUGUCUUUUAAUACCAUCGUCAUAGAGUCUGUGGUGGAAUGCCCCCGCAAUUGCCAUGGAAAUGGAGAGUGUGUUUCUGGAACUUGCCAUUGUUUUCCAGGAUUUUUAGGUCCGGAUUGUUCAAGAGCAGCCUGUCCUGUGUUGUGCAGCGGCAACGGACAGUACUCCAAAGGCCGCUGCCUCUGUUUCAGCGGCUGGAAGGGCACCGAGUGCGAUGUGCCCACUACGCAGUGCAUUGACCCUCAGUGCGGGGGGCGUGGGAUUUGCAUCAUGGGCUCUUGCGCCUGCAACUCGGGAUACAAAGGAGAGAAUUGCGAAGAAGCUGACUGUCUAGACCCUGGAUGUUCCAAUCACGGUGUGUGUAUCCAUGGGGAAUGUCACUGCAAUCCAGGAUGGGGUGGUAACAAUUGUGAAAUACUGAAGACCAUGUGUCCAGACCAGUGCUCUGGUCAUGGGACGUAUCUUCAAGAAAGUGGCUCCUGUACCUGUGACCCUAAUUGGACUGGCCCAGACUGCUCAAAUGAAAUCUGUUCCGUGGACUGCGGCUCGCACGGGGUGUGCAUGGGGGGCACCUGUCGCUGUGAAGAGGGCUGGACGGGCGCAGCCUGCAGUCAGAGAGCCUGCCACCCGCGCUGCGCCGAGCACGGCACGUGCAAGGAUGGCAAGUGCGAAUGCAGCCAGGGCUGGAACGGCGAGCACUGCACCAUCGCUCACUAUUUGGAUAAGAUAGUUAAAGCAGACAAGAUAGGAUAUAAAGAGGGUUGUCCUGGUCUGUGUAACAGUAAUGGGAGAUGCACGCUGGACCAAAACGGCUGGCAUUGUGUCUGCCAGCCAGGGUGGAGAGGAGCGGGAUGUGACGUGGCCAUGGAGACUCUCUGCACAGACAGUAAGGACAACGAAGGAGAUGGGCUCGUUGACUGUAUGGAUCCUGAUUGCUGUUUACAGAGUUCCUGCCAAAACCAGCCUUACUGCCAUGGACUGCCUGACCCUCAGGAUGUCAUCAGCCAAAGCUUACAGUCCCCCCCGCAGCAGGCUGCCAAGUCCUUCUAUGAUCGAAUCAGCUUUCUCAUAGGGUCUGACAGCACCCAUGUCCUACCUGGAGAAAGUCCUUUCAAUAAGAGCCUUGCAUCCGUCAUCAGAGGCCAAGUACUAACUGCUGAUGGAACUCCUCUCAUUGGAGUAAAUGUCUCGUUUUUCCAUUACCCAGAAUAUGGAUAUACUAUUACCCGCCAGGAUGGAAUGUUUGACCUGGUGGCAAAUGGAGGGGCUUCCCUGACUUUGGUAUUUGAACGAUCCCCAUUCCUCACUCAGUAUCAUACGGUGUGGAUUCCGUGGAAUGUCUUUUAUGUGAUGGAUACCCUAGUCAUGAAGAAGGAAGAGAAUGACAUUCCCAGCUGUGAUCUGAGUGGAUUUGUGAGGCCAAAUCCUAUCAUCGUGUCCUCUCCUUUAUCCACCUUUUUCAGAUCAUCUCCUGAAGACAGCCCUAUUAUUCCCGAAACACAGGUACUCCAUGAAGAAACUACAAUUCCAGGAACAGAUCUGAAACUUUCCUACUUGAGUUCCAGAGCUGCAGGCUAUAAGUCAGUUCUCAAGAUCACCAUGACCCAGUCUAUUAUACCAUUUAAUUUAAUGAAGGUUCACCUUAUGGUGGCUGUCGUCGGAAGACUCUUUCAGAAGUGGUUUCCUGCCUCGCCAAACUUGGCCUAUACUUUUAUAUGGGAUAAAACAGAUGCAUAUAAUCAAAAGGUCUAUGGUCUAUCUGAAGCUGUUGUUUCAGUUGGAUAUGAAUACGAGUCCUGUCUGGACUUGACUCUGUGGGAAAAGAGGACCGCCAUUUUACAAGGCUAUGAAUUAGACGCUUCCAACAUGGGUGGUUGGACAUUAGAUAAACAUCAUGUGUUGGACGUUCAGAAUGGUAUACUGUACAAGGGAAAUGGGGAGAACCAGUUUAUCUCCCAACAGCCUCCGGUCGUCAGUAGCAUCAUGGGCAACGGCCGCAGGCGCAGCAUCUCAUGCCCGAGCUGCAAUGGUCAAGCCGAUGGCAAUAAACUAUUGGCUCCAGUCGCGUUAGCUUGUGGGAUCGAUGGCAGUCUGUAUGUAGGGGAUUUCAACUACGUUCGCCGAAUAUUCCCUUCUGGAAACGUAACAAGCGUUUUGGAACUCAGAAAUAAAGAUUUUAGACAUAGCAGCAACCCAGCUCAUAGAUACUACCUUGCGACUGAUCCCGUCACAGGAAAUCUGUAUGUUUCUGACACUAACACCCGCAGAAUUUAUCGCCCAAAGUCACUGACGGGUACAAAAGACUUGACUAAAAAUGCUGAAGUGGUUGCAGGGACGGGGGAGCAGUGCCUUCCAUUUGAUGAAGCCAGAUGUGGAGACGGAGGGAAGGCUGUGGAGGCGACACUCAUGAGUCCCAAAGGAAUGGCAAUUGAUAAGAAUGGAUUAAUCUACUUUGUUGAUGGAACCAUGAUCAGAAAAGUUGAUCAAAACGGGAUCAUAUCAACUCUCCUGGGCUCUAACGAUCUGACUUCAGCCAGACCCUUAACUUGUGACACCAGCAUGCACAUCAGCCAGGUACGUCUGGAAUGGCCCACUGACCUCGCCAUUAACCCCAUGGACAACUCCAUUUACGUCCUGGAUAAUAACGUAGUUCUGCAGAUCACUGAGAAUCGCCAAGUGCGCAUUGCUGCGGGACGGCCCAUGCACUGCCAAGUUCCAGGCGUGGAAUAUUCUGUGGGGAAGCACGCGGUUCAGACAACUCUGGAAUCGGCGACCGCCAUCGCGGUGUCGUACAGUGGGGUCCUGUACAUUACUGAAACCGAUGAGAAGAAGAUUAACCGAAUCCGGCAGGUCACCACAGACGGGGAGAUCUCCCUGGUGGCGGGAAUACCCUCAGAGUGUGACUGCAAAAACGACGCCAACUGUGACUGUUACCAGAGUGGAGAUGGCUACGCCAAAGACGCCAAGCUCAGCGCACCGUCCUCCCUGGCCGCUUCCCCGGAUGGCACCCUGUAUAUCGCGGACCUGGGGAAUAUCCGGAUCCGGGCCGUGUCCAAGAACAAGCCUUUCCUUAACUCCAUGAACUUUUAUGAAGUUGCCUCCCCAACUGACCAGGAACUCUAUAUCUUUGACAUCAAUGGCACCCACCAGUAUACUGUAAGUUUGGUCACUGGUGAUUACCUGUACAAUUUUAGCUACAGCAACGAUAACGAUAUUACUGCUGUGACAGACAGCAAUGGCAACACCCUCAGGAUUAGACGGGACCCGAAUCGGAUGCCAGUUCGGGUGGUGUCUCCAGAUAACCAAGUGAUAUGGUUGACGAUAGGAACCAAUGGAUGUUUGAAAAGCAUGACUGCCCAAGGACUAGAAUUAGUUUUGUUUACGUACCAUGGCAACAGUGGCCUGUUAGCCACAAAAAGUGAUGAAACUGGGUGGACAACGUUUUUUGACUAUGACAGCGAAGGUCGCCUGACCAAUGUUACCUUUCCAACGGGAGUGGUCACAAACCUCCAUGGAGACAUGGACAAGGCCAUCACGGUGGACAUUGAGUCAUCCAGCCGCGAAGAAGAUGUCAGCAUCACCUCAAACCUGUCUUCAAUCGACUCCUUCUACACCAUGGUUCAAGAUCAGUUACGCAACAGCUACCAGAUCGGGUACGACGGCUCCCUUCGAAUCAUCUACGCCAGCGGCCUGGAUUCGCACUACCAGACGGAGCCGCAUGUCCUGGCCGGCACGGCGAAUCCCACCGUUGCCAAGAGAAACAUGAGCCUUCCUGGAGAAAACGGGCAAAAUUUGGUGGAGUGGAGGUUCCGAAAAGAGCAAGCCCAAGGAAGAGUCAACGUCUUUGGUCGAAAGCUUAGGGUUAAUGGCAGAAACCUCCUUUCCGUUGACUUUGAUCGAACAACAAAGACAGAAAAGAUCUAUGAUGACCACCGUAAAUUCCUGCUGAGGAUCGCCUACGACACGUCGGGACACCCAACUCUGUGGUUGCCCAGCAGCAAGCUGAUGGCCGUCAACGUCACCUACUCAUCCACUGGUCAAAUUGCCAGCGUCCAGCGGGGAACCACUAGCGAGAAAGUGGAUUAUGACGGCCAGGGGAGGAUCGUGUCUCGGGUCUUCGCUGACGGCAAAACGUGGAGUUACACCUACUUAGAAAAGUCCAUGGUUCUCCUGCUCCACAGCCAGAGGCAGUACAUCUUCGAAUAUGACAUGUGGGACCGGCUGUCUGCCAUCACCAUGCCGAGCGUGGCUCGCCACACCAUGCAGACCAUCCGGUCCAUUGGCUACUACCGCAACAUAUACAACCCCCCAGAAAGCAACGCCUCCGUCAUCACGGACUACAAUGAGGAAGGGCUCCUUCUGCAAACGGCCUUCCUGGGUACGAGUCGGAGGGUCUUGUUCAAGUACAGAAGGCAGACCAGGCUCUCGGAAAUUUUAUAUGAUAGCACGAGAGUCAGCUUUACCUACGAUGAAACAGCGGGCGUCCUGAAAACCGUAAACCUCCAGAGUGAUGGUUUUAUUUGCACCAUUAGAUACAGGCAGAUUGGUCCCCUGAUUGACAGGCAGAUUUUCCGCUUCAGCGAAGAUGGGAUGGUAAAUGCGAGAUUUGACUAUAGCUAUGACAACAGCUUUCGAGUGACCAGCAUGCAGGGUGUCAUCAACGAGACGCCACUGCCCAUUGAUCUCUAUCAGUUUGAUGACAUUUCUGGCAAAGUUGAGCAGUUCGGAAAAUUUGGAGUUAUAUAUUACGACAUUAACCAGAUCAUCUCCACGGCCGUAAUGACGUACACAAAGCACUUUGACGCCCACGGCCGCAUCAAGGAAAUUCAGUAUGAGAUAUUCAGAUCACUCAUGUACUGGAUUACGAUUCAAUAUGAUAACAUGGGUCGGGUGACCAAAAGAGAAAUUAAAAUAGGGCCCUUUGCCAACACUACCAAGUAUGCUUACGAGUAUGAUGUUGAUGGGCAGCUCCAGACAGUUUAUCUGAAUGAAAAGAUCAUGUGGCGUUACAACUAUGACCUGAAUGGAAACCUCCAUCUGCUGAACCCGAGCAGCAGUGCACGUCUGACGCCUCUUCGCUAUGACCUGCGAGACAGAAUCACUCGACUGGGGGACGUCCAGUACCGGCUGGAUGAAGACGGGUUCCUGCGUCAACGAGGCACAGAGAUCUUCGAGUACAGCUCCAAGGGGCUUCUGACUCGAGUUUACAGCAAAGGCAGCGGCUGGACAGUGAUCUAUCGCUACGAUGGCCUGGGAAGGCGUGUAUCUAGCAAAACCAGUCUGGGACAGCACCUGCAGUUUUUUUAUGCGGACUUAACCUAUCCCACUAGGAUCACUCACGUCUACAACCAUUCCAGCUCAGAAAUUACUUCUCUCUAUUAUGAUCUCCAAGGACAUCUUUUUGCCAUGGAAAUCAGCAGUGGGGAUGAAUUCUACAUUGCGUCAGAUAACACAGGGACACCCUUGGCCGUUUUCAGUAGCAAUGGGCUUAUGCUAAAACAGAUCCAGUACACUGCAUAUGGUGAAAUCUAUUUUGAUUCCAAUAUUGACUUUCAGCUGGUAAUUGGAUUUCAUGGUGGCUUAUAUGACCCACUCACAAAAUUAAUCCACUUUGGGGAAAGAGAUUAUGAUAUUUUGGCAGGACGCUGGACGACGCCUGACAUAGAAAUCUGGAAAAGAAUUGGGAAGGACCCAGCUCCUUUUAACCUCUACAUGUUUAGGAAUAACAACCCUGCAAGCAAAAUCCAUGAUGUGAAAGAUUACAUCACAGAUGUUAACAGCUGGCUGGUGACAUUUGGCUUCCAUUUGCACAAUGCUAUUCCUGGAUUCCCCGUGCCCAAAUUUGAUUUAACGGAGCCUUCUUACGAACUUGUGAAGAGUCAGCAGUGGGAGGAUGUGCCGCCCAUUUUCGGAGUUCAGCAACAAGUGGCGAGGCAGGCCAAGGCCUUCCUGUCCCUGGGGAAGAUGGCAGAGGUCCAGGUGAGCAGGCGCAAGGGCGGCGGCGCGCCCUCGUGGCUGUGGUUCGCCACGGUCAAGUCGCUGAUCGGCAAGGGCGUCAUGCUGGCCGUCAGCCAGGGCCGCGUGCAGACCAACGUGCUCAACAUCGCCAACGAGGACUGCAUCAAGGUGGCGGCCGUGCUCAACAACGCCUUCUACCUGGAGAACCUGCACUUCACCAUCGAGGGCAAGGACACGCACUACUUCAUCAAGACCACCACGCCCGAGAGCGACCUGGGCACGCUGCGGCUGACGAGCGGCCGCAAGGCCCUGGAGAACGGCAUCAACGUGACCGUGUCGCAGUCCACGACCGUGGUCAACGGCAGGACUCGCAGGUUCGCCGACGUGGAGAUGCAGUUCGGCGCGCUGGCGCUGCACGUGCGCUACGGCAUGACCCUGGACGAGGAGAAGGCGCGCAUCCUGGAGCAGGCGCGGCAGCGCGCGCUCGCCCGGGCCUGGGCGCGCGAGCAGCAGCGCGUGCGCGACGGCGAGGAGGGCGCGCGCCUCUGGACGGAGGGCGAGAAGCGGCAGCUGCUGAGCGCCGGCAAGGUGCAGGGCUACGACGGGUACUACGUACUCUCGGUGGAGCAGUACCCCGAGCUGGCCGACAGCGCCAACAACAUCCAGUUCCUCCGACAAAGCGAGAUCGGCAAGAGGUAACCCCCCGGGCCCGGCUGCCGGGGACGGACGGCGGCCACCCCCGCGCUGGGAGGCGGACCCAGCAGCGGGUGUCGCUGCGUUUCUCUCGAGCCUACACCGCACCUCUGCUCGGAUUUUUCUGUAGCACAAUCCGAAUCGGACUCUCCGACACAGGAGAGCCUUCCAGGAGAAUGAUACUGCUAUUAAAAAAAAAAAAAAAAAAAAAAAUCCCCCCC